AUGGACCAGCUGCCCCAUCUCUCUGUGCCCUCCUCCGGGUGCCCCUGUACCCUGGCCACGGAUGGCCUCUGGCUCCUGGCCACCUACUUGGAAGAACUGGGGGCCGCAGAGCUCAAGAAAUUCAAAUUCUGCCUGGGGACAGCCUCGGCAGCGGCUCAACUGGGCCCUGGCAGGAUCGCCUGGAGCCAGCUGGAGAUGGCGGGACCCCUGGAGGUGGCCCAGCUGCUAGUGGCCCAUCGCGGGGAGCAGGGGGCCUGGCGGCUGGCGCUGAGCAUCUUUGAGAAGAUCAACAGGAAGGACCUGUGGGAGAAAGGACAGAGAGAGGAGCCGGUGGGCGAUCCCGGGGAGACCUACCGCGACCAUGUGCGGCGUCGAUUCCGCCUCAUGCAGGACCGCAACGCGCGCCUGGGCGAGUGCGUGAGCCUGAACCGCCGGUACACGCGCCUGCUGCUGCUGGGGGCCCACGACAGCCCGUUGCUGGCCCACCUGAGGCUCCUGGACACGGGCCGGGGCCACGGGGCGGCCGCCGAGAGCCGCCAGGCCAGCCUGAUCCCCUUGGAGACGCUCUUCGAGCCCGACUCCGAGCGCCCCGAGCCCCCGCGCACCGUGGUCCUGCAGGGCGCAGCGGGCAUGGGCAAAUCCAUGCUGGCGCACAAGGUAAUGCUGGACUGGGCCGAAGGGCGCCUGUUCGGGGACCGCUUCGACUACCUCUUCUACAUCAACUGCCGAGAACUCAACAACCGGGGGGCCGCCCCACGCAGCGCCCAGGAUUUGCUCUGGGACGGUGCACCCCAACCCGGCGCGCCUCUCCCCGAGCUGUUGCGCGCGCCGGAGCGGCUCCUCUUCAUCAUCGACGGCUUCGACGAGCUCCAACCAUCCUUGCCUGGCACUCAGGGUACCCGCUGCCAGGGCUGGGAGCAGAAGCGACCCCCGGAGCUUUUGCUCCGCAGCCUGAUGCAUCGCCAGCUGCUCCCCGAAGCGUCGCUUCUCAUCACCACGCGCCCCACGGCUUUGGAGAGGCUCCAACGCCUCUUGGAGCAUCCCAGACACGUGGAGAUUUUGGGGUUCUCCCAAAGGGAGCGCAAGGAGUAUUUCUACAAAUUUUUCCCCGACCCCCAGCAGGCUGGCUUGGCGUUCCGCCUGGUGAGCGACAACGAACCCCUCUUUGCACUCUGCUUUGUGCCGCUGGUGUGCUGGGUGGUGUGCACUAGCCUCAAGCAGCAGCUGGAAGACCGCGAGGGGCUCCUGAGACAGACCUCCAGGACCACCACAGCCGUCUACUUGCUCUAUUUCUUGAGCCUCGUGCGCCCCAAGCCAGGGGUCACCCCGAACCAGCCGCCCCCAGACCCCAGAGCACUCUGUUCCUUGGCUGCUGCGGGGCUCUGGAGCCAGAAAAUCCUCUUUGCAGAGCAGGACCUGCGUGACCACGGCCUCCUCCUCGACGGGGCGGACGUGUCGUCCUUCCUGAAUGUGAAGCUCUUCCAGAAGGACAUCGACUGCGAGACCCUCUAUAGCUUCAUCCACCGCAGUUUCCAGGAGUUCUUCGCUGCCAUGUACUACCUGUUGGAUGGGGUGGAUGGAUGCGGGUCGGUGAGGCAGCUGCUGACCGAGUAUGGCCUGUCAGAGCGCAGCUUUCUGGCCCUCACGGUGCGUUUCCUCUUCGGGCUCCUCAACCCCGAGCUUCGGGGUGCCCUGGAGCGCAACCUGGCCCUGCCCAUGGUGAUGGAACGGGGCGCCUCUGUGCGCGCCCAGCUGCUGCAGUGGAUCCGUGCCAAGGCGCACAGCCACGAUGGCACGCUGCAGCGGGGCGCCUUGGAACUCUUCAGCUGCCUCUACGAGAUCCAGGAUGGGGCCUUCAUCCAGGAGGCGCUGAGCCCCUUCCAGGUGGUGGUGGUGAGCGACCUGAGCACCAACCUCCAGCACGCGACGGCCUCCUUCUGUGCCUGCAGCUGCCGCAACUUGGUACUGCUGCACCUGUACGGAUGCGCCUACGGGGCUGACGCGCAGAGCUCGCCCGGGGAGCUGCAGGAUGGAGGGGACCAGCACCCCGAGAAGAGCCUCCUGCCCAGUGCCUACAGCUCGCAGCUCGCCAUGGCGCUGAGCGCCAACCCGGGCCUGGUGGAGCUCGCCUUAUACCGCAAUGCUCUGGGAAGCCGGGGGGUGAGGCUACUGUGUCAGGGGCUCAGACACCCCAACUGCAGGCUGCAGAACUUGCGGCUGAAACGCUGCCAGAUCUCCGCCGAUGCCUGCCAGGACCUCGCGGCCGCCCUGGGCACCAACAAGCAUCUGCUGCGCUUGGACCUGAGUGGAAACAACCUGGGCGCGCUGGGCCUGAGGCUGCUGCGAGAGGGGCUGGGGCGCCCCGGAUGCCGCCUGCAGACGCUCCAGUUGCGCAAGUGCCAGCUGGAGGCGGAAGCCUGCCUGGAACUGGCAUCCGUGCUCGGCGCCAACAGCCACCUGCAGGAGCUGGACCUGACGGGGAACCCGAUGGAGGACUCGGGCCUGAGGGUGCUGAGUGGGGGCCUGCGGCAGCCACUGUGCCGGCUGCGGGUCCUCUGGUUGAAAAUCUGCCAGCUGACCUCGGCAGGCUGCGAGGAUCUGUCCGCAGUUCUUGGGGGGAGCCCCAGCCUGGUGGAGCUGGACGUGAGCCUCAAUGUCCUGGGGGACCCCGGGGUGCUGCUGCUGUGUGGAGGCCUCAAGCACCCCCAGUGCCAGCUCCAGAUCCUCCGAUUGGGAAUUUGCCGUCUGGGCGCGGCUGCCUGCGGGGCUCUGUCCGGGGUGCUCCAGGUGAACCCCCACCUCCGGGAGCUGGACCUGAGCUUCAACGAUGUGGGAGACCAGGGGCUGCGGCUGCUGUGCGAGGGGCUGAGUCACCCCACCUGCAGGAUCCAGAAGCUGUGGCUGGACAGCUGCGGCCUCACGUCCAAGGCAGCUGAGAGCCUGUGCGGGGCCCUGGAGAGCAGCUCGACGUUACGGGAGCUAUACCUGACCCACAACGCAUUGGGGGACAAGGGGGUCCAACUGCUGUGCCCUGCCCUUGGCCUGGCUGCCUGCAAGCUCCGGGUGCUCUGGCUCUUCGGCAUGAACCUGAGUCGAAGAACCCAGCAGCGGCUGGCAGCGUUGCGCCGGGCCAAGUCUUACCUGGAUCUGGGGUGCUGA